UGAUAGAAAGAGUAGUAUAGAAAACGGAAACGGGAAAAACACACUAAAUAAUAAUACACCAUAGAAAACAAUGAAAUUGAAAUUGUAUUGUUUUUAAUUUAAAAAGAAAGGAAAUUGUUAAGUAUUUGUAAAAAAAAUAAAUUAAUUUAAAGAAACGUUAAGUGUAUAUGUGUUAAAAAUGCUUAGAAAAGAAUAUUUAAUUGUUUUUCCUUCCUAAAUCAAAAUAUCUUUUAACAACUUGUUUGCCCAAAAUAGUGGCUAGUGAUGAUGGUGGUGGCAUAAAAAAAUAACCAGAAAAUAUGCACAUUGACAACUGACGUUUGCUGCGGCUGUUUUUAUGAAGUUGCAGGGCAAGUUUUUGUGGUGCCUGUUUCUUGUGUUCGUUCAUACAUAUGUGGAGUAACGAGGAGUGUGCAGCAUGAAGCUGUAAAUGAAAUUCUUUAAAGUUAAAAAAAAAAAUAAAUAAAGGAAGUAGUGAAAAGUGUGGUAAAUUUAAAAAAAGGAAAUAUGUAAAAAUAAACAACAACUUUAAAAGUCAAGAGAAAUUGUUGCCAUAUUUAUACAGAAAGUUAAUUAUCUAUAACCAAAAAAAAGUGAACAAGUACCUACCUAUUUUUCAUAAAUAGUAAAAAAAACGUAUAAAGAAAAGUACUACUCAGUCAUAUUAUUAAAAAAAGUGGCCAUUUAUUAAAAAAGGUCUUAGUGACUUUGCAAAAAUGCCCUACAUUUUGAAAGAUUUUAAGAAAUCUUUCUUUUAAAAUCUAUGUAAAACUUUUCUGCCGCUUUAUUCCUUGAGAGGAUUUCCUUGGUCAAUACAAUGUUGCAGUCCUUGGAUAAUAGCACAACUCUUAAUCGCUCCAAUACUUCUCUAGCUUCUGUAAACCCUACCACUUCAUCUAACUCACCUUUGGACAAAGAGGAGAAAACUCAACGAAGGCGCUCUACAUUUUAUGUGCCUUUGGUCAUAGAGGACGACGAAUCUUUGGCAGCCGAUAGCUGCAGCUCUAAUAAGGACGAGGUGGAUAAGAACUCCACUUCGGGCAGUCUCUCCAGUUUGACUAGUCAUUCGACCAGCAGCAAGGAUUUCAAAAAUUCCAGCAACACUAACUUGAAGAAAUCCUCUACAGGACUUUUUGGCAAAUCCUCUAGCAGCCAGAACAAAUCUAGCGCCUUGGGAGGAGGUUCUCCCAGAAGCAGCACCACCUCGGUCAAGGUUACCACUCUUUUGUUUGAAAGAGCCAAUAGUACUUUGGGUUUUAGCACCACCUCCUCCAAUUCUUCCUCGGCUUCUUCGGGCUAUCGCAGUGGUGGGGGUUCAAAGAGCUCAACCUCCUCCAAGAAAAUGGCUCCUCCAUGUGGCUUCAAUUGGAGUUUGACCGGGGUCUCGGAUGAUUUAUCUGGGGAUUUGGAUGAUGACAGCGAUGCUGCAGAAUUCAUUAUAGCCAUGAAUAAAAGUAAAAUGGUUAAGCAACAACCACCCAUUACCACCACGCCAGAGAAAACUAGCAACUCUUCUCUGGCGUCGGCGGUAAAACGCAAUAGCAAGACUUCCUCGCUGGCUUCAUCUAAGUCAUCGGCAACCACCACCAAUACCGCCACUACCAAUAGAUUAAGCUCUACCAGCUCCAACAAGUCCACGCUGUCCUCAAAUCAUUCCACUCCUUUGCCCAAGACUAGGCCACAAAAUCCCAGCUCGGCUCGCACCAAACGUUAUGGAGUCAUACUGAAUACCCAUGAAGAUGGGGGCUCGCCUCGUAACUCCUUGACCUGUUCCAUAAGUGAACAUUUGGGUGAUGCUCGAAAAUCAUCGAGUUCCUAUAAGAGCUCCACUUCUACAUCCACCACAGCAGGCAAUUCCAGCAAAUGGCCCCUGCUAACACCACGCUCGCGUUACAGUGAUGGCGCCAAUGGGGAAGCCCUAUUGAACACCCCUGCUAAAACGCAAACGUCAUCGAUAAAGCAAAACUCUCCCGCUCCCUCCGCAGUGGCUACAAAAACAACAAACAAACAAUUAGCCACCAAAGUGUCGUUGUCUUCGCAGCUUGAUAACACUUCAGUGUCGGCAAAUUCCUCUCUAAUAACAAACAGCAGCACUUCGGCUGCUACUCCUCAGAAAUGCAGUGAGUACGAUGACGAUGACGACUCAGAGAUAAGUCGCAUGCAGACCAAUACCUCGACACCCAUCAAAAUGAUGAAAUCGCGCUCUCGCACCAACAUCUUAUCGGUGCCGGCGUCGACGGCCUCACAACAAAGCUCUGAGCAAAAUCUAAUCAAUGUCGCCAAAAUAAAAGCUUCGUCAACGGCAGCGGCAACGGCGGCGGCGGUGUCAAAUUCAACGCAAGUAAACAAAGUCUGUAGCCAAACAACACCCACGAAACAGACAUCGACUUCGGCGUCUUCGUCGUCAUCAAUGACACCCUCUCCUAAUAUUUUGCGAGUUAAGGCAAAAACUUUACCUCAAAACCUAUCACCUUCAGUCGUUUUGCAGCAAGGUGAGGCAUUGGAUAACGCCGCCACUUCGAACCUCAACUCAAGCAGUGUGAAAACUAAAAAAUCGGCCUCCGACACAAAUAACUCGUGCGCGGUAACUUCGUUAAGUCGCAAAUUCGGUGGCUCGCAGGCUUGUAAUUUACAUCGCGAGGGAAAGAAUGCCAAAACUGUCAACACCAUCAUAACCUCAGCAUUUCCACCCAAAAAUCUCUUUUUGCUAAAGUCAACGCCGAAAUUAACCAAUACCACCACAUCUAUGUCAUCCUCAUCGGAUAAUUCGCUGACCUCACCACCCAACAGCAAUAAUAGUGGCAAAAACUAUCCCCCACAUCCCCACCAGAUAACAUCACCGGCCAAAAAGUCUUUGUCUUUUAUACGUAGGGCCCAUUCCACCAAGCUGUCACGCAGCAACUCUCUGUUGAAAUCCAUUGCCUCGCAACAUCAAAACCAAAUGCAAAAUACUCCCGCCUCCUCCUCCUCGGCGAACGGGGGAAAUGCCAAUACAUUUUUUUGUACUGGCAGCUGGGGUAAAGAUUUCUAUUUGCAAUACGAUGUUUGCCCCUUGGCUUUGGAUGAAUUGGAUUCCUAUUUCCGUGCAGAGAAAUGUGCUGAAUUGAUAAGGGAACGUUUUAAGAUAUUAGAUGCUGACAUAGCCCCAAUGGCUGGUGAACAAAAUUGUUCAGGCACCGAGACUUUGAUCCAGGAGCAUUCGACGCUCUCUUCGACGGCAGAGGGCACUAUACGAAAUAUCGAUAGCAGUUGCAGUAGCCCCUCGGAUAAGGAGCAACAUCAUCGCCAUCAUGGAGCUGAUGGAGAUGAUGAGGACGAUGAUGAUGAUGCGGGACAUCACUCAGAUACUUCAUAUGAAAAAGCAUGCAGGCGUGGCUCAGCACCAGCGACACCCAUAUUGGGUCAAAAACAAAAUCAACAGGAGAACAAUACCACAUCGAGGUUUACGAAUUUCUUUUCAAAACGAACAAAUCCUUUGAAGCGUACAAAAUCUGUUACCAAAUUGGAACGCACUAAAAGAGGUUCGGGAGGAUUGCGCGGAUCUCGUUCCCACGAAAGUUUAUUAUCCAGUCAUGCAGUAAUGUCCACCAUAGAUCUCUCUUGCACCGGUGCUGUGGGUGUAGCACCCGUUCACCAAUCUGUGCUGGGACGACGCUAUUGUUUCCAAGUGCGUGGCGGACCACGUGGAGAACGUUAUUACUCAUGUGGCUCACGUCAGGAACGUGAUUUGUGGAUCUAUUCAUUGCGCAAAUCGAUUGCACCAAAUGCUGAACACACCCGCCACACAGACAACUCCCUCAAGAUGUGGAUAUACGAGGCCAAAAAUCUACCACCAAAGAAAAAAUAUUUUUGCGAAUUGCAUCUCGAUAAGACCCUUUAUGGUCGCACUAGUGUUAAACUACAAACCGAUCUACUCUUUUGGGGUGAAUAUUUCGACUUUCCCGAUAUACCCGACAUCAAUGUCAUCACUGUGAAUGUUUUCCGCGAAGUGGAAAAGAAAAAGAAACGUGACAAGCACAUGUUUGUUGGCUCGGUAAAGAUACCUAUCCAUGAGGUCACCACCCGCUUGUUCUCCGAAGAUUGGUAUCCAAUAUUGAGUGAGAAGAAUGAUAGUCUUAAUCGCAAUGGCAAAGAGGUUAUACCUACGCUACGCAUUAAAUGUCGCUUCCAAAGUAUUGACAUUUUGCCCAUUAAUGUUUAUGCCGAUUUCUUGGCCUACAUCAAGGAGAACUACAAGAAAGUUUGCGAAACUUUGGAGCCGGUAAUUGGUGUAAAGGCUAAAGAGGAUAUUGGUCAAUCUUUAGUCUUGCUGAUGCAUGCCCAAGGCUUGGCUGGUUCAUUCUUAACCGAUGUAGUUGCUUUGGAUCUACUACGUGUUGGUGAUCAACGUCUGACCUUCCGCGGCAAUUCUUUGGCCACCAAGAGCAUGGAAGCCUUUUUGAAGCUGACCGGUGAACAGUAUUUGCAAGAUACGUUGGCUGGACCCAUUAAUGAGAUCAUACAAUCGGAUCGUGACUGUGAAGUGGAUCCCACCAAAGCGACUGGUUCGCUGCAAAGACAACAGGCAUCCUUGAGAGCUGCCGUACGCAAUGCCUGGCAAUGCAUCUAUGAAUCGCACAAGAAUUUCCCGCCACAGCUGAGGAAUUGCUUUGCCACGUUCCGCGAACGGUUGGAGCAGUUGGGACGUCAAGAUAUGGCUGAUAAUUUAAUAUCAGCCUCCAUAUUUUUACGUUUUCUAUGUCCGGCUAUAUUAUCACCCAGUUUGUUUAAUAUAACCAAUGAAUUGCCCUCUACCCGCGCCACCCGCAAUCUCACCUUGGUAGCUAAGACUCUACAAACCUUGGCAAAUUUCACCCGUUUCCAGGGCAAAGAAAACUUCAUGGAAUUCCUCAAUGACUUCCUGGAACAUGAGGCACCCAAAAUGAAAGAAUUCUUGCAAAACAUUUCCACCCGUCCGGAACAUGCUACGCCCGAGUCCAUAUUGGAUUGGGCUGGCUACAUCGAUCAAGGCAAACAACUUUCCAUACUUCAUAUGUUGUUGAACGAAAGUAUUUCCAAACUGCCCGAGGCUCGCCAGCAGGAUUUGGAUCCUCUGCAGCAUAUACUGGAUGAAAUAAGCAAAGCCAAAGAAAGCAACAAUUACAUGCAGCAUUUGCCAUGCAACAUGAUGAUGAUGUCCACCUCAACAACCAGCGAAAAUCAAGAGAAUCGCAAUCCCGAUGAGAUGAUGACUUCACAAAGUUCAGCUGGCGGCCAAAGUGGAGUGGUGCAACAGGCUCAAUUGGCCCAGCCACAGCAUGCGGUGGUCACCAAGCCAGUACCUGCUGAAAGAGGCAUUAUGAGAGGUGUGCUGACUCCCAGCUCGUUGGAGAAAAACAUUUUCCGCUAUAACGAUCCCACUGUAAAUGGCUUGUUGCAACAACAACAACAACAACAGCAGCAGCAGCAACAGAACUUGAGCAACAUGGAUAAACGCCACUCGAAUUCCCAGACUUCUAUUGUGGGCCUCACUUACACCAGUGGCAUGCAACAUGCCCAAAGUCAAAGCUCCAUAGCCUCUUCUUCACAAAUGAUAAUGCCUGCUGGUGUGCCCCACCAUUGCCCACCAGCCCCCAAUGCCAGUGUUUCGAAUACCAUGGAUCGUCUGUAUUACACCGCCACUAGUUCCAAUGGUAAUCUUUCCACAGCCAGUCAGAAUGGCAAUGAAAGCGAAGUAAGCUCGGCUGGUGGCCAAGUUCGCGCCACCACUUUGCCCAGAGGUAAUAAUAACUAUGAUGAGUCCAGUGGUGAUUUUAUACAGAUUUCCGGUUUGGAUACCAACAGUGCUUUUGUGCGCAAAUCUCCCACACCCCUGCUUAAGAGCCAGGCUAGCCAAGGUGGAGUGGUUACGAGUGCCGUCAGCAUGUUAAAUGCUUCCCAGCAGCAAAAGCAGCAGCAACGUAUGCUGAAUAACUCUUCCUUGAGCCUGACUUUGAGCGAUCGUACCCCCAGCAAAUUGAAUUUGGGUAUUCCUGAUCACUCAAGCUCACCUUUGUCCCACAAAGUGUCAGCCUAUCCGCGCAAUAGGGACUCUAAUCCCAAUUCGAAUAUGCCCAUGAAAUUGGAAGAUUUAGAUGAUCUCUUCAAAUAUGCCGAAGAACAUGCAGUAGUGGGUGAAGUGCAGCCCUCCAAAAACAAAGAACAAUUAUCGGGUAAGACCAGUCAUGGCUCCAGUUCAGGAUACCAAAGUAUUAACACCCAGGGAAGGGAGGACUCGCAACAGCAGCAGCAGCCUCAAACAAAAGCCGGCAUGGCAGCUCCUUUGGCCUUUAAGAAUCCCAGUUAUCAAUUGCAACAGAGCACAACAUCCACACAAGCCCCCCCGGGUCAUCAUCAUCACCACCAUCAUCACCAAAGAUCGAAUUACAACUCUGCCCUGACAGCCCAUCAACAAUUGUUUGGUGGCAACAAUAGAACCAAAUCAACUGCUGGUGGUAUUGUGGCAGCUAGGGCAGCUCUAUUGAAUGGUGCUGCCCCACUAACCCCAUCGUCCAGUGAGGAACGUCUUUCCACAGAUAAUUAUCACAACUAUGCUCCGGUAAAUAAGCUUUUGAAAUCGCCUUCUCAUGGUCAUUUGGAUGCCCAAAGAACUUUGAGUGGUGGUAGUACCUCUUCAGCUUCAAGCUCGAAUAUGCAAGGAUUCAAUGGCACACAAUCACAGCCACAACAGCAGCAGCAGCAACAGCAACGCAUGCCACGCACAAAUCCACAAUUCAAACGAGAGGAUAUCUAUGCACCCUUGAAUAAUGGUGGCAAUUAUUUGACUUCCUCUUCAGCCUCGUCGGCGGGCAGCAGCGGAAUAGCCCAGCAUGCAGGAACUGUGGCAAUUUGUAAUAAUUCUACAAGGCAACAACAACAAAUAGGCAGCGGCAAUAAUGGGGCUAUGAUGGCAGGCAAUGGCAGAUAUCAACGAAGAUUGAGUUUGGAUUCGGCCAGAACCUUGUCGGAUAGCUCAACCGAUACCGAGGGCCCCUGCCCCCCUCAUGAGGGCAAUAAACGCCGUCGUCAACCUCGCAAUCAUGCUACCAACAGUUCAAAUGGCCUUUCCACACAUGCCACCUCGGGCAAUUCUACCGCUCUCAGCAGCUAUGAUCAAAAUGGAGAAAUUCAAUUAUUGCAAGAAACCUUGGACACAUUGCGCCACACUCUGGACCGCGAUGAAGCCGAAUUAAGAGAUUCUAGCGAUGAGCUUUUUGCUUUACAACGUUGCAAUGGCUUUAAUGGUUGUGGACCCAAUGGUGUUACCAGUUUGACAGCCACCAAUUUGAGCUUACAAUCGGAAUCGACCAUGAGAAGUAUUAUUGAUAGAUUAAUAACCAUGGAAGAGGAACUACGUCGUGAGCAAUUGAAGAUGUCCUUGGCUUUAUCACACAAACAGCGAGUCAUUGAGGAACAGGGUCAGCAAAUAGCAGCAUUAGAUGCAGCCAAUACUCGCUUGUUAAGUGCAUUGACCGUUUUAAGGCAACGCUAUGAGACACAACACCAGCAACAGAAUCAAACGCAGCAAUAGGUUAAAAAAAAAUAGAAAAUAAAGGGAAAACUGUUCUUUAAAAAAUUAAACCUUUUUUCCCCUUUUUCUAUAAAGAAUCUUUGGUUUUUAUUUUUCUCCAGAAACCCCUACCCCCCACCCUCACACACAUUGCAUGUUUUUAAUGUAUAUCUAAAAUUACAUAAUUUUUAAUUUUUUUAUGUUAAGUUUUAAAAAGUAUUUUUUUUUUUUGUUUAAAAAAAAAAUAGAGAAGUUAUACAACCCCCCCUGAGCCCCCAAUAGAGACCUCUUAAAGAGCGUUGUUUUUAUUUUUUGUGUAAGCAAGCGUAAAUUUGUGCGUAAUUUGUAUAAGCUAUCCCUUCUCCCUCUACUUUUAAAACAAGCAAAGGGAAUUUGUUUUGAAUAUCUAAGAAAAAAGUAUAAACUGUUUUCUUUUUUAACAUUUUUAGGUUAAGUUGAUGAAAAUUUUUGAAAAAAAAACUGUUUUUAAUUUGUAUUGUAUUUUUCUGUAUUGUAUUUUUUUAACCACAACAAAAUGUUUUUAUUUUAAAACAAAUUUAUAAAUAUUUAAAAGCCUAAGUACCCCAUAAAAAAAUAUAUAAACCCAUGGAUAAACAUUUUUAAGUAAUAAAAAAAAAACAAACAAAAAAAUGAAUUAAAUAAAGAAAAAUUAAAAGUUGAAAAAUUUCACAAAAAUUUUAUAUAUAUUUAAUCGAAAAGAUAAACCUCCCCAUGUAAAAAUAUUUACUUUUAUGUUAUAAUUUAUGAUAAUUUAACCAAAGUUAUAUAUUGCAACAAAUCUAAGAAGCCAAGGACCUUAGGUGGCCCCCAAAAAUGGCUAUAAGUUAAGUAACCCACAAACAAAAAGAAGGAAAGAAAGAAAACAAAACAGCAGACAAGUCUUCAACACUGACAAGGCUUGUUUGGUAGUACGAAAAACGUGUGUCGCCCUGUAAAUGUUUUGAAACAAAAUCUUCUUUAAUAUUUUUUUUUUUUGGAAAUAGUUAAAAAAAUUUGCAUGAAAAUUAAUUUAAUUUUUUUUUUAAAUAAAAUGCAGCUUUUAAAAUGAAUUUACAAGCAACACAAACACUAUAGAAAAAGCAAUAACCAAAUAACUAUUAAAGUUCUUUAACUAUUAUCUACCCUUCUUUAUAUAAAUAUGCGCUGCCUGCCCUCUCAUACAAUAACUACAACUUAAUUACAAAUAUUUAAAAAUUUUAUUCAAUGUUACAAAACAAAACUCGAUUACAAAUAUACCACUAUUAUAUAGCCCGGCUUAAUUGUUCUACACAUAUAUAUAUACAUAUAAACAAAUAUCUAAACAUUUGCUGCUAUUUUCCCCAUUUGACACUCCUUCGUAUAUCUGUAGUUUUGCAAUUUGUUUGCUUUACUUUUUUUGUUUUAAAUGUUUUUAUUUAAUUAAUCUACUUCUAAGCGAUUUGUCGUCGUCUUAGCACACGACACAACACAACACACCACAAUGAAAACAAAUAUUUAAAUCGACAAACCAACAUCUUCCUCCCUGUCAUUUAUAAAAACUAAACUACAAACAAAAAUCAUUAAAAAAUUUAUUGAUAAUAAACCACAAAAAUAUUUAUGAAAUGUAAACAAA